AUUUUCUCGUAUACUUCAUUAAGAUACAAGCAGAAGCAGUGCGCCGCCCUCACCUAGUCUUUCUGCGCCCUGCCUCCUUCGGCCUCGGUGCCUCCGUCCGGCGACUCCGCAGCAGCAGCCGUAACGCCCAAGUUCCCAACAGAAGGUAAGGCGACCGUAUAAUACAUGGCAUUCAGAGGAGGGGGCCGCGGCGGCCGUGGCCGUGGCCGUGGCCGUGGACCGCCUAGGGCGAACGAACUGGCUUUCGAUUAUUUUCCGGAAAUCGAGUGUUUAGGAGCUGUGAAUUACACUAAGGAAGAAGUAAGAAAGUAUUCUCAGUUCGUGAAUUGGUCACAGAAUCUGCAGACCUUUUUCGAGACAUCUCCUUACCAUUACGAAGAUAAAAGCCUAACCCUUGAGAAAGUGCAAAAAGUGGACAUAGCUAGGUUCUCAGAUAAGAAAUCGCAAGAAACAACUGUUGAGCAACCACUCUGGCACCUCAUAAUGAUGGACAAAGAUCAUAUGCCUGCAGAACUAGCCAGAGGUGAAAAACGUAUUGUCAGGAGAGUUCAGUGGGACAAAGAUAUAGACUUGAACAAACUUGAUCACUUUGAGAAGCUUGAGGAGAAUUCUAAGGGAAAGGAAGGAGAAGAUGAAGAGGAGGAACCAGAAGAGGAAGAAAAUAUAGAAGAUGGAGAACUCAGCGAUGAUGAUUAUGUGAAGGGUGAAUAUUGUGAUGACGAUGAAGAUGAUUUUAACAUGGCUGAAGAGGAUGGUAUUAUGCUUGAUCUCGCUCAUGCUUUCUUCCAUCCAUAUUUAUGUUUCCUUUGAUUUUCGCUAAUGAACGUGCGAUUUUUGCAGAUGAGCCGAUAUAUUGAGUAACCAUUCCCCGGAUUGCAUGACGAAACUCGAUUCAAUUGAGCCUCUUUUGCAUAUUCAUCAAAAAUCCAUGUUAAUGAUUUGGAGACAGGUGAAAAUAUGCAACUUGGCUACAUGAGGUAGACAUAGUUUAGUAUUUCUAGUUUAAUUUAUAUUCCGAAUGUACAGACCGGUGAAAAUAUAUAUUCAACUUGGCUACAUGAGGUAGACAUAGUUUUAGUAUUUCUAGUUUAAUUUAUAUCCCGAAUGUAGAGGUAGAUGUUGGAGAUCAAAGCUCCAAAGAAAAUUAAUCACUUAAUUUUAUAGAUAAUGUUAAAUAGAUAAUGUUAUUUGUUUGUUUUCUA